CUUCACUCUUUCAGACACACUCGCUCACCAAAGCAACCAACAAUGGAUUCUAGAAAACGGAAACCCAAUCUCAAACAUUCUUCUCCGCUGCCGAAUCCCCCAUCUUCUUCAAUUUUCAGAGACAUUUCAAACCUCAAAACCCCUCUACAGCCCUCGAAACGCCCCAAUUUCCCUAAUUCCCCGCAUUUCUUCUCCGCUUUGAAAAAUACCCCCUCAUCCUCUCUGCGCCGCUGCCCCAGAACGUCGGCGUUGAAAUCGAAGGCGGCGCGCAGAUUGAAGGCGUUUGAAUCCGAGCAAUGCAAGUCUGCGCGGAUUGCUCAGAGUGAGAAGGAAAAAUCGCUGAGAUCACUUGCGAGGUCGCUCACUGUAUGGCUCAAUUUUCUGUUCGAAAACCCUAGCUCGUGUGGGUGUGAUCCGUCUCUUUUAGGCGGUGAGGAAAAGGAAGCAGUUGUGAAUAAUGGGAAGAGAGAGAGUUUGCAGGGCCGUGCGGUGGGAGUUGAUGGGCCGUGGAGGGGCCCGAAGAGGCAGAGGGAUUCGCUCUGGAGAGGGGAGGGGAAUGGCGAGUCUGCGAAAAAUGGUUUCCCGAAUUCUAUGUUUUCUGGAUUGAGGGCUUCGUUGCAGGAGAUAUGUAGCUUUGACGACUUGAAGGAGAGAAUGAGGAUGUAUUUGAGUUUGGGUGGUUGCAAAGAGAUUUUCGAAGCCAUGACUCAAGUAACAAAGAACAUAGACGAUGGGCGACUGAAAAUGAGGGCAAGUUGCCCCAUAAUGAGUGAUGUCGGAAUGAAGGAGAAAGCCAUGAGAUAUCUCAUGUCUUAUAACCCUAUCUGGCUUCGAAUUGGUCUAUACAUAAUCUUGGGUGGUGACUCCUUGUUGCCAAAUGAUAAUGUCAAUUCUGAGCCAGAAAAUGCAUUCCUAAGGAUGGUUCUCGAAAAGCAAUUUUUCUCGCAUGCUGGACUGGCUAAAGCUCAUGCUUACAACAAGCAGGUUGAGGGUUUAUACAGGCCGGGUUACUAUGAAAAACUGGGGAAUGUAAUUUUGAAGAGAUUCUUGCUCCUUGUUAUUAUAAUUGACAGAGCCAAGUGCCAAACAAGUCUUCCUCUUAAAUAUGGAAUUGAUGGAUUGGAUGGUGGGUCGCCUCCAAUGUUUACUUUAAAAUCUGCUAUCAAAUCAAGCCGUCAACUGGUUGUUGACUUUCUCUCGUCUGAUGUGAUGCAUGGGGAAGGAAGUGUUGUAGCACAUCUUGCGAUUGUUGGAUAUAAUGUCACAUACCAGCAAAAUCCUUUGGUCGAGUAUGACUUCAGAAUAUCUAAUUUAUUUGAAGAUCUCUGUGAUGGCAUCAGGCUUUGCAGAGCCACGAGUCUCCUAAGACGUGAUUCCUCCAUUCUCACGAAAGUGGUGGUUCCAUCUGACACACAAAAAAAGAACCUGUUUAACUGUGGUAUUGCACUGAAAUAUCUGAGGGAAGCUGGUGUAUCCUUACUUGAUGAAGAUGGAACAGAAGUUAUGGAAGAGGAUGUAGUUAGUGGUGACAAGGAGCUUACACUUUCCUUGCUGUGGAACAUGUUUGUCAACCUACAGUUGCCUCUGUUGAUCAACAAAUCACUUAUAUCAGAAGAAAUUUCAAAUAUUAGAGGAGUUGUGGAUCAUUCGAUCGCCCAGACACCCUUGGAUUUGCUACUUAACUGGAUUCAGGCAGUUUGUGCAACUUAUGAACUCAAAGUUGAAAGUCACUCUUCCUUACUGGAUGGAAAAGCCAUGUGGUGUUUGCUUGAUUUCUACUUUCGCAAAGAGCAUGACUGUUCAUGUUCCUUUAAGGAUCCAUGUGGAACGAAGAAUGAAGUUUCUAUCAUGUCAGCAAUUGAAUACACAGAUGCAGUUCACAACUUCAUAUUGUCUCAAAAAUUAACAUCUUUGUUAGGGAACUUUCCAGAGGUUUUACAAGUGAGUGACAUAUUAGAACAUAAUGGGGCAUCCAGCGGGAAGAGUGUAAUCAUCCUUCUGGUGUUUCUCUCAAUUCAGUUACUCGUGAAGAGAAACAUGGACAAGUUAAAUUUUCAUAAACUGCUGGGCUUUGGUUGCCAGAAUUCUGUCAGCAGUCAAUUAAUUUCAGAGUGGAGUGAUGAAAAAGAUUCUAAAAGAGAUUUCAAAGCUAUCAUAACUUGGUGGCAAGAUAUGGCUCAACAGAACGGCAAAUGCAGCUUAACCGUCAAAAGGGACAAUGCUGUUCAAAGAGAGAAAGCGAAUGCUGCAACAAUCAUACAAUCUCACUAUAGACGAUUGGUGGAACAUCGAAAUUAUAUGAGGAUUACAAAUGCAGCUCUAGUCUUGCACAGUUUCAUUUUGGCCUGGCUAUCAGUGAAGAAGAACAAAUCUGGAUUGGAGCUUGUUGCAAGGAGUAAGCUAGGAUCAUCAUCUUCUAGGAGGAGGCACUUGGAAAAGUUUGGCAUUUAUGCUACACUUAUGGCGGACAGACACCACUUUGUAAACUUGAGAAGGUCUGCUAUAGUCAUUCAGCAGGCCGUAAGGGUGUGGCUUGGUCAGAGUCACUAUAGAGCAAGGACCAUUUGUAAUGAAGCAGACAAUCUCCGGACAACAGCCGCACUCACAAUUCAGAAUUUCUGGAAAUAUUACAUGAUUAGAAGAUCCGUGCAUGGUCAACACAUUGCUGCGACCAAAAUCCAGAGUCAUUAUCGUGGUUGGUUGAUGAGAGAGUGUUUUGCGCACAAGAAGCAAGCAAUAGUAGCAAUCCAGAGUUCUUGGAAAGGCUACAUCAUCAAAAAUUCUAUCCGAAGGCAGCACCUCGCUGCAACCAACAUUCAGAUUCAUUAUCGUGGUUGGUUGAUGAGAAAGAAUUUUGCAUGCAAGAAGCAAGCAAUAAGGGUGAUUCAGAAUUAUUGGAAAAACUAUAUCGUCAACAAAUCUAUCCAACAUCAGUGUGUUGCUGCAACUAAAAUCCAGAGUCAUUAUCGUAGUUGGUUGAUGAGAAGGAGUUACACAUGCAAGAUUCAAGCAGUAACAACAAUUCAGAAUUUUUGGAAAGACUAUAUUGUCAACAAAGCAAUCCGAACUCAGCACAUUGCAGCAACAAAAAUCCAGAGUCAGUACCGUAGUUGGUUGGAAAGAAAAAGUUUUGCAUGCAAAAAACGAGCCAUAAGAACUAUUCAAAGAACGUUCCAAUGUUUGAAGAGUAGAAGGGAGUUUCUGAUGCACAGGAAGGAAAAUGUGUCAGCUAUCAUCAUUCAAUCUCAUUUUCGUGGAUGGAUGGCUCGUAGAGAAGUUCGGAGACAAAAAUAUUUUUUUGUUAGGAUGCAAAGCUUCUGCCGAGGUUGGAUACAAAGAAAAAAUUUACAGCUUCAGAAGGAUGCUGCUAUAAGGAUUCAAAGUGCUUUCAAUCGCAUGAAUUUCCGUCGGUCAUUCAUCUCACAGAGGCUUGCUGCGAUUGAUAUUCAGCGUUAUAUCAGAGGACAUGUCACCAGGAGAAGACUUCUAGGAGCUUCCUGUUCUAUAAGGUCCAAGGAGGACAUACUCCUUCAAUCAGCAUUGAAGUUGCAGAGAUGGUGGCGACAUAUCCUGCUGGUUAGAGUCAAAACAAAGCCCGCAAUUGUAGUCCAAAAGUAUGUCCGUAGAUGGAUGGCAAGGAAAAUGGCUAAAAAAGAAAAGCAGCAAGCGGUUAUGAUUCAAUCAUACUGGAAGGGAUAUCUUGCCCGGAAAGAGGCAAAAGGCCAGCUGCUGGACUUGCGAUUGAGAAUGCAAAAAUCUGCUGCAAAUGUAGAUGAUAGCAGGCGCUUAAUAAACAGGCUUGUUUCAGCAAUAUCAGAACUUCUUAAUAUGAGGAGUGUCAGUGGCAUUUUGCACACAUGUGAAAUUCUGGACAUGGCCACAGAAUUAUCAGAGAAAUGCUGUGAAGAGCUAGUCGCUGCUGGUGCCAUCGCCACUUUGCUUAAGCUAAUUCGCUCUGUCAGCCGGAGCAUACCAGAUCAGCAAGUUCUCAAGCAUGCCCUCUCUACUCUCAGAAAUCUUGCGCGCUAUCCAUCCCUUGCCCACGUACUGGUCGAGAGCCAUGGAUGUGUGGAAACUGUUUUUCUGGAGUUUCUAAAAAACAAAGAAGAGGGGUAUUUCAUUGCUUCUGAGUUGUUAAAGCGGAUAUGCAAAACUGAAAAUGGCGCCCAAGCUAUUCGGAAGUCAUCGGCUAUUUUGAAGAGGUUGAACAACCUUGCUGAAGAACUGACAAGGAAGGCAGGAAAUGACAAGAGGAAAUGGAAGAAUUUGCCAUCUAGAGAAAAUGAAGAGAGAAGAUUGAAAGAGGUUGUUGAGCUACUGAAACUCAUCAAGGUUGGGGCAAGAAGGUGAUUGUUACACUAUUUCUUUGCUUUUUUUAGGUGUAUAUAUAUAUCUUGUGAUUUUAGUUCUUUGAGUGUUGGCAUACUUGCCAAUGUUAUCAUUGUGUACUUGAUUUGGAUUUUUGCCCAAAUUGUCAUGUUUCUAUCAUGGAAGCUUUCCCUUUUUA